GAUACUAAUCUCGCAUACACAUCAGAUCGAUCAGGAUGGGCACUUCUUCCAUGGCUUUUCAAUUAGGAGCUUCUUCCUCUCUCUCAUUCUCUUCUUGUUCAAUUCCUAAGUGGACUCAUGAUGUAUUCUUGAGUUUUAGAGGUGAGGAUGUUCGCCAAAACUUUAUUUCUCAUCUUUAUCAUGCUUUGCAUCAAAGGGGAAUCAACACUUACAUAGACAACAAUCUCAAAAGAGGAGAGGAAAUUUCGCCAGAACUUUUCAAAGCAAUUGAAGGAUCAAUGAUUUCUAUCAUUGUAUUAUCUAAGAACUAUUCAGAUUCUAGAUGGUGUUUAGAUGAGCUAUUGAAGAUUCUUGAGUGUAAGGCAACGGUGAAACAAAUUCAUGUUUUACCCCUGUUUUACGAUGUACCUCCGUCAGAUGUACGACAUCAAAAAGGAAAUUUUGGAGAAGCAUUUGCUAGAGUUGAGCAUAAGUUCAAGGCUGAUAAAGUAAAGCUUACAAAGUGGAAGGAAGCUUUAGAAAAAGUAGCCAAUUUGUCCGGAUUCGAAUUAGGAGACAGGAAUGAAUCAGAUUUUAUUCGGGACAUCAUUACAUGGGUGGAGUCGAUAAUGAAAAAUCAUCUAUCUCUUAAUGUUGCUAAGUAUCCGAUUGGAAUAGAGUCUCGUGUACAAGAUAUUUAUCAGCGUUUAAGUAUGGAAAGAAAUGAUAUUAUAUGCAUGGUAGGGAUAUUCGGAACUGGUGGGAUUGGUAAGACAACUAUUUCAAAAGAUAUCUAUAAUAGGAUUUCUAAUAGAUUUGAAAGAAGUUGUUUCUUGAAAAACAUUAGAGAAACUUCAAAACAAAAAAAAGGGUUGAUUCGGCUACAAAAUAAGCUUCUUAAAGAUAUCUUGGGAGGAAAAUUGGAUGUUUGUGAUUUUGACGAAGGCGUGAAUGUGAUUAGUCAUAGACUUCACUCUAAAAGGGUUCUCCUAAUUCUAGAUGAUGUGGAUGAGUUGAAACAACUAGAAACAUUAGCUGGAGAUCCUAAAUGGUUUGGUCUAGGAAGUAGAAUCAUUGUAACAACGAGAGAUCAACAUUUAUUAAAUAUUUCUAAAGUUGAUUCAAAAUACGAGUUGAAGAUUUUAGCAGACAAUGAAGCUCGUAAGCUCCUCAGCUUGCAUGCUUUUGAGAAAGACAAACCACUUGACAGUUAUGCAAAAGUCUUUGAACAAGUAAUGCAAUAUGCUCAAGGUCUUCCACUAGCUUUAACAGUGCUGGGUUCAACUCUAAAAGAUCAAACCAUUGGUCAAUGGGAAAGUGCAUUGGAUAAAUAUAAACAAAUACCCAACAAAGAUAUUCAGAGUGUACUUGAAGUAAGUUAUGAUGGGCUGGAAGAACAUGAGAAGGACAUGUUUCUUGAUAUUGCAUGUUUCUUCAAAGGAGAACCUUCAGCUGAUGUCUAUAAAAUAUUUGAGAGUUGUCAUUUCCAUCCUAAUUGUGGUAUCCAGAAGCUUAUAGACAAGUGUCUUAUCACUGUUAUUGAUAAGAUUUGGAUGCAUGACUUGCUACAAGACAUGGGCAGAGAAAUUGUUCGAAAGGAAUCACCCAAAGAACCAGGCGCACGUAGUAGAUUAUGGUUUUAUGAAGAUAUUCGCUAUGUACUAGAGGAAAAUACUGGAACAAAUAACGUUGAGGGGAUAAAAGUAGAUCUUCCUGAUGGUCAUGUUCAUGACACGAUACGCCUGAGUCCCAAUUCGUUUAAGGAGAUGAAAAGACUCAGGAUAUUUAUAAGCCAUAAUGCACGCUUUUCUGGAGAAUUUAAUUAUCUUUCCAAUGAAUUAAGAGUGCUUAAUUGGUCAAACUGUCAUUUACAAGAUUUCCCAUCCAAUUUUCGUGGAGAGAAGCUGGCUGUUUUUAAAAUGCAGGCAGGUUGCAUCAACAAGAUCAUUGGUGGCUGCCAAUUUAAGAACUUGACGAUAAUGAGAUUUUAUAUGUGUAAGUUCUUAACCAGAAUUCCGGAUCUUUCAAGUUGCUCAAAUUUAGAGAAAUUGUAUAUUGAGUCGUGUGAAAAUGUAGUUGAAAUUCAUGAUUCUGUUGGAUUACUUGAUAAGCUUGUUGGUUUGGUUCUUGAUUAUUGCCCUAAGCUGAAGAGUUUUCCAAGGCGUCUCAAGUUAAGAUCUCUAGAAGACCUUAAUCUUAUGAGAUGCUCAAAACUUCAAAACUUUCCCCAAAUCGAGUGUAAAAUGGAACGUUUAUUGUCCAUUGAUUUGAUGGGCACUCCAAUUAAAGAAUGGCCUUCAUCCAGUAUUGGGUACCUCACUCCUCUUCUUAAUUCGUUAUCUCUGAAACGAUGCGUUCAUCAGUUGCAAAAUCAAAAUGAGCCUUGUCUCAGUGACUAUUCCAUAAUACUUAGACACCAUCCUUGGGUUUCAAACAUUGAUGGAUGCUUCGAUGGGAUUAAAGGGUUAUAUCUAUAUGGAAGUGUCAAGGACCUGGUGCAUCUCCUAAACAAAAUUCCUCACUUGCAACAUCUAAAGAGUCUUUCUCUCACUGGUGAUCCAAAUCUUGCAAUAGAUGAAAUACAUUCAUUCAUUGGGUACCUUACUGGGCUUCAAUGUUUGCACCUAGCAACAUACUCUGAUGAGUAUCCGAUGUUGGAUACUUGGUUUUAUGCUAGCUUCUCAAAUGAUUGCUCAUCCACUUUGCAAGAGUUAGAUCUAUGUCAAAGUGGUAUUGUCAGGCUUCCUCCGAGUACCAAAAGCUUUGUUGAAUUGAGGGUUCUCAGAAUGAUGGAUUGCGACAACCUUCAAGAAAUUCUACAUCUUCCACCAAAUAUAGAAUGUCUAUUGGCAGAUGGAUGUUGCUCCUUGGAAAGAUGCCCAGAAGUAUCAACGAAAUUUCAAUUCUAUACAUCAUGUGGCUUACAAAAGCUAAGCCAUAUUGGGUUGUCCAUUUGCCCUAAAUUGGAUGAAAAUAUAGGGAGUCAGGCACCAAAUCCUUCAUUUGUUGAGGAACAUAUUCAGAACCAUUCAUGUGAUAUUAUAUUUCCAGGGAAUAAGAUUCCAGAUUGGUUUAGCCAUACUAAGGAGACUUCAAAUAGUCAUUCCUGUGAAUUGGAUAUUAGUGGGCCCUUGUAUUUGGAUAAAAUCAUAGGAAUUGUUUUUUGUGCUGUUUUUGGAGAAGUCCCGUAUGGAUCAGGUGCAGAGGCCGAUAUUUAUGUUUCUAUAAAUGGAAGCAGGCUUGUAGAAACAUAUUUAAGCAUAUCUAAGUACUACGAUGAUAAAGACUGUGAGCAUGUAUAUCUAAACUACACAUUUAAGGAAUCUAUCGAGGAAUGGCUACAGUACCCAACAGGAGACAAUCUAAGGUUUACAUUUGAGGGCGAUGACGAACCGAACUUUAAAAGUUGUGGAGUUCACAUAAUUUAUAAGCAUGAAGAGAAUGAGAGCUUAACAGUUGGGGAGUGCUCAGUAGAUUCAUUGAAUGGUAUCCUACUUUCUAAGAGACGCCGAGAUGAUGAAGACAUCAACUUGGAAUUCAACAAGCAUCCACAACACAAAAGGCGCUCUCAAAACUUGGGCAAUUCAAAUGUGGUUAUUGAUUGCACAUGUGUUGACAGUGAUUUUGCAGAAGCAGAAGGAGGCUCUGAGGGAAGUUUAAAAGAAGAAGAUGUACCUGCCUCUCGAUUUGCGUCCCAAGAAAGCCAAGGCAAUUCUUAGAAGGCUUACUAGGCACCAGGUCAGUGUCUUUGCAUUGAUAAAAUUCCUCAGUUUGGUUUUUUUAAUUUUUUAUUGGAUUAAUUUUAUUGGAUUGGUUUGAUGAUAUCAAUGGCUUGUACAAGGAUUUUAUGCUGCCGGUGCAAAAGGGUUUCUCAAAUGAUGGGCAAAAGUCAAAGCAAAUUUGGAGGAAACAUGUGUGGGUGGUGUUGUUGAUGGACUGUUAGUGUGCUCGGUGUUGUUCGUGAUAUGGUUGUGGGUUUGCAGGGGGUUUAACUGCAUUGUAGGUUAAUUUGGGAUUGAAUGGUUGAGUUGGGAGCAUUUUGGUUCUCUCUCUAUUGUUUUUUUUUAAAGGUCUGGGAGGAGGUGGAGUUGGUUUUAGGACAUGAGAGGCAUGACUUUCACGAGCCAUUGGUGUAUGUUGAAGACAUUUAAGCAUGUGUUGUUGAUUUAAUCUUUUGGUAAUUUACUUGGAAUUUUCUGCUAAAUCUUUGUAUGAACUUCAAGACAAGUAAUACAGCUCUUUUUAUACGGUUCAUUUAUAUCA